CGACUUCACGUCACAUAUAGGAGGUAGUAAAAAAGGUUAGAAAAGGUACAACGUUGUCGACGGCAAGAUGCAGUUGGCGCCGAAGGAGAUCGACAAGCUCCUCAUCUCGCAGACCGGCUUUCUUGCUCAACGACGACUCGCCCGUGGUGUCCGCCUCAAUCACACCGAAGCCCUCGCUCUCAUCGCCUCAGUCCUCCACGAACUCAUCCGAGAUGGCGAGCACACGGUCGCAGACCUCAUGUCGCUGGGCACAACCCUGCUGGGAAGACGCCAUGUCCUGCCCAGCGUGCCCCAUACCUUGACGGAAAUGAUGGUAGAAGGGAACUUCAGAAAUGGCACAUAUCUGGUCACCAUCCACAAUCCCGUUGCUACAGAUGAUGGCAAUCUGGAGAGAGCGCUGUAUGGAAGUUUCUUGCCUGCGCCCGCAUUGGAAAAGUUUCCGUGGCCGCCUGUGGAAGGGUUGAAAGCAUGGGAACAUGAAAAGAUGCCAGGUGCAGUUGUGGCUGUCAAGGGUGCCGCUGGCAAGAUCGCGCUCAAUGAGGGAAGACGGAGGAUCAAGCUGAAAGUGACGAGCAAAGGUGAUAGGCCAAUCCAGGUGGGGAGCCAUUAUCACUUCGUCGAGACAAACCCCAAGCUGGAGUUCGAUCGUAUCAAGGCGAGGGGCAUGAGGCUGGACAUUGCAGCUGGGACUUCUGUGAGAUUUGAGCCAGGAGAAAGCAGGACUGUCACGCUUGUUGAGAUUGCGGGCAACAAGGUCAUUCGAGGAGGUAACGACCUUGCAGCUGGUGGCAUACAUGCUGUCAGUGAAGAUGGACUAAUACAGCGACUGAGGGAGGGCGGUUUCCUCCACGUCGAACAGCCACGCGCAGAUCUGGUUUUGGAAAACUACACUAUGGAUCGCGAAAGCUAUGUGGCCAUGUUCGGACCUACCACCGGAGAUCGAGUCAGGCUGGGUCCCACAGAUCUCUGGAUCCAGGUUGAACGAGAUCUGACCGUCUAUGGGGACGAGUGUUCUUUCGGUGGUGGCAAAACUAUUCGGGACGGCAUGGGUCAGGCCUCCGGACGACUGGAUAAAGACUGCCUAGACACUGUAGUCACAAAUGCACUGAUUGUUGACUAUACCGGCAUCUACAAGGCUGAUAUCGGCAUUAAGAAUGGCAUCAUCGUUGGCAUUGGCAAGGCAGGUAAUCCAGAUGUGAUGGCAGGAGUUCACCCAGAUCUUGUCAUUGGCGGCGCGACAGACGUAAUCGCAGGAGAGCACAAAAUCGUCACAUAUGGCGGGUUUGACUCCCACAUCCACUUCAUCUGUCCGCAACAAGCCUAUGAGGCAGUUGCCAGCGGCAUCACGACCUUCCUAGGCGGCGGAACUGGUCCUAGCACAAGUACAUGUGCAACCACUUGUACGCCAAGCACCAAAAUGAUAGAGUGGAUGUUGCAAGCAUGUGAUGUGCUGCCUAUCAAUGUUGGUGUCACGGGUAAAGGUAACGAUGCAGACCCGACUGGACUUCGAGAACAAGCAGAAGCCGGCGUGUGCGGUCUCAAGCUGCAUGAGGACUGGGGCACCACUCCGAAAACGAUAGACACCUGUCUGUCCGUAUGCGAUGAAUAUGAUAUACAAACUCUGAUCCACACUGAUACUUUGAACGAGUCUGGCUUCGUCGAGACUACCGUCGCGGCGUUCAAGGACCGCACGAUUCACACCUAUCAUACUGAAGGUGCGGGAGGCGGUCACGCACCGGACAUUAUUAGCGUCGUGGAGCAUCCAAACGUGCUCCCAUCCUCCACCAAUCCGACACGCCCAUAUACUGGCAACACAUUGGACGAGCACUUGGACAUGCUCAUGGUCUGCCACCAUUUAUCCCGCAAUAUUCCGGAAGAUGUUGCCUUUGCUGAAUCACGCAUUCGAGCAGAAACCAUCGCUGCAGAAGAUGUCCUUCACGACCUUGGAGCUAUCAGCAUGAUGUCUUCAGACUCCCAGGCCAUGGGUCGCUGCGGAGAGGUCAUUCUGCGAACAUGGAACACCGCGCACAAGAAUAAGGUUCAACGAGGUUUCCUGCCAGAAGACGAAGGCACUGAAGUGGAUAAUUUCCGCGUCAAACGCUACAUCUCCAAGUAUACGAUCAACCCGGCAGUAGCUCAAGGUAUGUCUCACCUCAUCGGGUCCAUCGAGCCAGGGAAACUGGCCGACCUCGUCCUUUGGGACCCAGCCAACUUUGGUGCAAAGCCGAAGCAAGUGGUGAAGGGGGGUAUGGUCGCUUGGUCUCAGAUGGGUGAUCCCAACGCCAGUAUUCCCACUGUCGAGCCAGUGAUGAUGAGGCCCAUGUUUGGCGCCAUGGUUCCUAGCACCGGUAUAGCUUGGGUCAGUGAUGCAAGUGUGAAGAAUGGUAAGGUUGGUGGGUAUGGCUUAAAGAAGAGGAUCGAGGCAGUGAAGAACUGCAGGUCAAUUGGUAAGAAGGACAUGAAGUUCAAUGGGGUAAUGCCGAAGAUGAAAGUCGACCCGGAGAGAUAUAUCGUGGAAGCCGAUGGAGUGGAGAUGAAGGCUGAGCCUGCCUUGACGCUACCUUUGAGCCAAAGCUACUUCAUCUAUUAGGAAACAGAUCCGUGACACCAGCCUUCGCACCUCAGUCUCGAAAUUACCGUGGACAGUAGAGGACUUGUGACAGACACAGCCCCAUGGAUUCGUUUGGUUGCUACCGCACGCCAAGCCUACUCUGGGCUACUACCUAAAUCUUGGUGCUUUCCCGAAGGAUAUACUGCACAAUGAUAGUCCGCUGGUGAGAAUACAUCAAGCUAACUCGGCAGGACUACGAGCCAUUUCCUGCACUUCGAAGUGCGUCGAGCUUCAGUGUCUCCAUGCAUGCAAGCUUUAGGUACCUCCUCUAUGGAUUUCCUCGUAGUCCGCACGAUUGGAGAGGUCUAUCCUCCAUUGGGUAUUGUCUCGAGCUACUGUGCCAGCUCAUUAUGGGACUCCGCACGAAGUAAAAAGCCGUUGCGCAUGCCAGCCAUCUAUGUACUCUCGCGUAAUGGCCCCAUUCUCGCAACGCAAGGUCUCGAUCGGGCGCUUCUUCUGUAGUACGACUUUCGAUCUGUAGCUACCUCAUGCCAGAUGAAGUCCUCGUUACGCUCUGCCAGUUCUUUCAUCCAGGUGUAGCCACCGCAGCAGGUUGCGGCUAAUUCUAAGGACGCGUCGAUGAGGACCUGAAGUUUUUUGUUACGCACCUCAAUCUCAAUGCGUCUGCCAAAUCCAGAUAAGUUAU